AUGGAGGACGAGAACGGUGUCAGGCCUCUUCCUGCAGACCUGGGACAGGCUCUUCGCCGGGAUGUGACAAGCUUCUUGACAGCCCAUGCAUUCGAGCAGGGCGACUUCGCAGAGAGCUGGCUAGAAGAAGCGGAACGUCUGGACAGAGGAUCGGAGGAGGCUUGGGCUGGAAACGACUCCAUCGUGGCCUUCUCCCUGAUGAAGAGAUGCCGCGUGCACGUGCACACGUACCUUCCCGACGGCUCCAUCGUCGCAAUCGACUCCACCCAUCGCGAUCUUCAAAAUCUCGCUGAUUUGCCCACGGUUCAUGUGUUCUACAAUGGACAAGACCACUACGAUGCAUUGGUGCAAGCCGAAGACGUGGCACUGCUGGUUCCCGCGUGGAAGGGUCAGACGUGGCCGAUGAGGUACUGGCGACUGCCGGGCGAAUUGCCGCCGCUGGAAAGCGGCGAUGCACUGCCCCCAAUCAAGAAAACAAGAUCGGCGGAGUCCGUCUUGGCACCUGAGGCCCCUGACCCUGCCGAAGACAUCCUGGACGAAGUGUGCAAGGCGAUCGUGGCGCCGGCAUCCACCCAUCCGCAUCGCCAAAUGGAGGAUGCCAUUACGAAGCUGGCGACGACCAGGCUUCGGGACCAUCCCACACUCCCACCUCUUGCCCUGCCGGAAGAAGUGGAUGCGGGCGAAGCGUGGCCCCAUGCUUUCUGUGCGUUCAGCGGCUGUUUGUGGACGGCCAGAACGGGCACGGAGGACGACCUGCUUCAGCACCUCCACGAGCAGCAUGGCCCCGACCUUGAUCCACUGGCAAAUCUUCUGUGGAAUGGCCAUGACGAGCACGAUCUGCUCAGCAUCUACAAUGCCGCUCUGAGCGUCAAGUGCCGCUCGGCCGCUCCCCUGGCGGGCAGCUCGCUCGACCGGAUCGCCCUGGAAAAGUUCGCAGAGGCGACUGCUGAGGACCACGUGGAAUCCCUGAUCUGCUUCUCGUGCGCUUGCAGCUACACGCGCAUCGCAGAGACGGAAGCUCGGGGCGACAUCCAGUGGCACCGCCCUCUGGAGCAGACGAACAAGUUCCUCGGCCAGCCCGUGAAGGUCAUCGAGCAGCUCCUGGGAUUGGACCAGUUCCUUGGAAAGUACAACCAUCUGGUCGAAAACACGAAGUUAACCGACUCCGAGGACUUCGAGAAUUGGCACCUCAAACUGGCAGGGGAAGCACAGCACGUUCGCUUGCUUUGCUGCCCCGAAGAUCACAGAUGCACAAGGAAUCCAGAGCAUCCCCGCGCCAGAGUUCUCUGCGAGCAUUGCGAGGUGCCGGUUUGUCGCGGUUGCCUGGACUGCUUGAGCAGGAAGAAGCUGCCUCCGGCGAGCCUCGCAAAUGACAUGUGGACAGGUUACGGCCCCGAAAGGCUUUACCAGGACAACGUGACGGUCAUGGAAAUGUUGUGUGCCAGUCCCUACAUCACGACCCUCGUUUGCUUGACGAUGGAGGCUCGCUACCGGGCGGAGGGAGCGCCCUUGGACCAGACGGCUCACAUGCCGCGCCAUCGUAUGGGCGCCCGCGGUAAUGCGAUUACCUUUCCUUUGCCUUGGGAGGACCUGCUUCGUAAGCUGGAGGGCCAGGACACCACCCCUUCCGACUUACCCCGGGGCCCCAACGAGCUCUCCGACGUCGUCCGGGUGAUCCUCAAGACCAACAAGACGGGCCAGACUUCCGAGGCGGACUUGAAGAACUUGAUUCACCAGGCAAGAGUCCGGCGGCACGUGGUGGUGCAGCUCAUCUUGGACAUGCGCCGUUGUGGACACCCUUCCUUCCAAGAAAUCCAAGAAGAGAAAAUGAGGGAGAAGGCAAGCUCGCUGCCGGAGGACGGUGUGCCGCCCGAAGUCGUGAAGAUCUUCGGCGAGCUGGACGACUCGCAGGAGAAGCUCCAGCCACAGAAAGCCGCCACGCCGGUUGACGGCCUCAGGAGCAUCGAUCAGGCAGGGAAACUAUAA